AUGACAGAGUUUGAAGCAAUUGUCCAUAAAGCUACAAACUCUAAAAUUACAGCGCCAAAAAGAAAACAUGUCAGAUCAAUUGUUUUAGAAUGUUAUAAUGAAAAUAGUGCAAGAACAUUUUAUAUGGAAUUAUAUAGAAGACCAUUAGAUACUAGUGAUGUUGUUUGUUGGAAAUCAUUGAUUACAAUUCAUAAGGUUGUACAAGAGGGACCAAAGAAUGUAUUAAGUGAUACAAUUAGUAGAGUUGGAUGGUUUGAGAAUUUGAGAGAUCAUUGGGCACGUUUUGAUAAUAGAGGAUUUGGUAGAUUGGUAGCAGACUAUUGUACAUUAAUCAUUGAUAAAAUACGUUUUCAUCAAGCACAUCCAGAAUUUGAUGGUGGAUUAUCCUUGGAGAACUAUAGCAAGAAUCAUAGACCCGAGUCAAUUGAAGUUGACAAAGGUUUACAAACUGUAAAUCGUUUAAUGGAUUUAACUGAUGCUGUCUUUAGAAUGCAUAAUUCAAUCGUAUCAGCAACACCUUAUAAUGAUUGUAAAACUUCUGCUUUCAUUCCAUUAGUUUUAGAAUCUUAUGCUAUCUAUAUUUUAGUUGUACAUUUUUUAACAAAUUUAAUUGAUAAGGUUGAUAAUAAAGAAGUUAUGGAUUUUUCAAUUAAAAGAUUUUAUGGUCAAUAUCAAACAUUGAGAAACUUUUUUUUAAAUGCAAGUGCAAUUACAAGUGUAUCUAGUGUUAUUGCAGUACCAAAUUUACCACCAGAUCCUCCAAAGUUUAUUAGAAAAGUUAGAGAGGCACCAAAGGCCAAACCACAGGCAAUUCCACCACCAGUUGUAAAGGAACCACCAACACCACCACCUGAACAAAUUCCAGUUCCAGUACCAACACCUGUAUUCAUUCGUCAAACGGUACCAGUGGUUUAUGGCGCACCUUAUGGUAUGCAACAACAACAACAAGAUAAUAGUAUGUGGGGUCAGUUUGGUUCCAAUCAACCAUUUGAUCCAAAUUUACAAUUACAACAACAACAAGCUGCAUUAUUACAACAACAACAGCUACAACAACAACAACUUUUACAACAACAACAGCUACAGCAACAGCUACAACAACAACAAUUAUUACAACAACAACAAGCUGCUGCUUUGGCUGCCGCUCAGCAACAACAGCAACAACAGCAAUCACCACCUCAAAUUUCACCUCAAUCAUCAGCUCAAUGGGUAACAUUUGGUGAUGAUGCACCAACAAGACAACGUUCAACUAGUACACCACCAGCUUUGGAAAAGAAAGAAGCAUCAGUUGAUAAACCAGCUUCACCACCAAAAUCAACAACAGCCAGUUCCAAUACUGAUAGUCAAGGAAAAACUAGAGUUAUCACUAAAAUCAUUACAAAGACUGUCAACAAUACACAAGAGAUCAAUGCUCUCAAAGCAAGAAUUGAGGAAUUGGAAAGAUUACUUCAAGAGGAACAAGAUAAAAAUAAAGCACUCACAUUGAAAUUAUCGGAACGUGAAGCUAUGAUUCAAGAGGUAACAUCAGCAAGAAAGAGAUUACAAGAUAUGAGUUCAACCAAUGAUAAUUACACUGCCGAAGUGGUUAAACAAAAUGAACAAUUACGUGAACAACUCAUUGCCAUCAGAGAUUGGACUGAACGUACAAGACUUCAAAGAUUAGAGAAAGAGUUUGGUUUGGCUGCUGGUUCAAUUCAACAAUAUCUCUCACAAUUGGAUAAUCCAAACAAUAUGGGUAAUCAAGAGGCAACUCAUCAAUUGGUUAUCGAGGAUUUGGUUAAUCAUUUACAACAAGCUCAACGUUUAUCCGAUCUUUGUAAUCAAGAGGGUGAUGAUUUAGAAAUGGAUAUUUUCUCUGCGGUCAAUACAGUUUCAAACUCUUUGAAGAGUUUAUUCUUUGAUGCCAAGGGUUCAUCAAGAUUAAUUUUAGAUCCAGAGUCACAAAGUAAAUUUAUGGAUGCCGCAAGAAAAAUUGGUGCUCUCACUCAAAAUCUUUUCGAAUCAAUUCGACUCCAAGGUGGUCAAUGUAAUGAUGAUGAAGAUCGUAAGAGAUUGGCAAACAAUUUUGCUUCCCUUAAAACUGGUAUCAAUAAUUUGGAUGCAUUGGCUCAACAAGCUGACGCUGAAAGAAUUGAAGCCGAGAAGAAAUAUUUAGAGAAUGGUUUUGAUUUGGAUGAUGUUGCUGAACGUGAACUAUUGGCUGCCGCUAAAACCAUUGAAGAUGCUGCAAACUCAUUAUUGGCCGCAAAAUCAAAGAGAGCUCCAAAGAAGGAGGGUGAUUCACCAGAUGUUGCUGAGGCAAUCCUUGAGGCUGCUAUGGCAAUCACUGGUGCUACUUCCACAUUGGUUGGUGCCGCCACUUUAGCACAAAGAGAACGUGUCGAAAAGGGUAGAACAAGUGAUGGUGGUCCACUCUAUAGAAAGGAUCCAACUUGGGCUGAAGGUUUAAUCUCUGCUGCAAAAUCUGUUGCCCAAGCCACUAAAGCUUUGGUAGAUAAUGCCAACAAGACAGCAUCUGGUCAAGAGAUCCCAGGUGGUACAGAAGAAGCUCUCAUUGCAACUUCGAUGGCUGUAACUGCUGCAACUUCUCAAUUGGUCUCUGCUUGUAAAUCUAAAUCUGAUAUCAAUAGUCCUUCUCAACAUAAACUUUCAAAUGCUGCCAAAUCCGUAUCCAAUGCAACCAAUCUUUUAGUGGCUGCAGCCAAAGCUGUCGCUGCUAAAGUCGCCUCUGAAGAGGAUAUCGAUUUCGAUAAACUCACUGUCACUGGUUAUAAAGUUAAAGAAAUGGAACAACAAAUGGCAAUUCUCAGAUUAGAAAAAGAAUUAGAAGUCGCUAGAAAAGGUUUAAGUGUUAUUAGAAAGAAACAAUAUGACGAAAAUCAAUAA